AUACAGAACAAAAAGCCCAUCAGUUUUGGACUUUUGACAAUGGAGACAGUAUGUUUGGAUAAAUCAGCUUUACAAGCUGUGGAUGAUUACUGGGAGUACAGAAGGAUUGUAGGUGAGGAUGAUGGAGGGACACUGUUCACUCCAGAGGAAUAUGAGGAGUACAAGAGAAAGAUGCUCCCUCAACGACUGAAAAACAGGCUUUAUGUGAGCUUUGGGGUCCCAGGAGGCAUCGACUGCAAACUCAUUGGUCCUGAGACACAGUGCUUUUGUACACAUAGGUACAAACAACAUAAGACCGACUUUGAUGUGGUUCCCUCUGAGCGACCCCUGGCCCUACUAUGCCAGGUCAGAGGGUGUCAUUGUCCCGCCUACCAGUAUGUUCCCUGCAUUGGGCCAAAUCCUGUCCGCUGCAGGUGUAAACACUUACCUCAAGAUCACAGUGAAGCUACUGGCCACUUGUGCAAAAAGU